GGAUGAACCUUCGGGAUGCAGAAACAGGGAAAAUCCUCUGGCAAGGAACAGAAGAUUUGUCUGUACCUGGAGUGGAGCAUGAAGCUCGAGUUCCUAAAAAAAUCCUGAAAUGCAAAGCAGUGUCUCGGGAGUUAAACUUUUCCUCAGCAGAACAAAUGGAAAAAUUCCGACUGGAACAGAAAGUUUAUUUCAAAGGGCAGUGUCUAGAAGAAUGGUUCUUUGAAUUCGGUUUUGUGAUUCCUAACUCCACAAACACUUGGCAGUCCUUGAUAGAGGCAGCACCUGAAUCACAGAUGAUGCCAGCUAACGUUUUAACCGGUAAUGUUAUUAUAGAAACCAAAUUCUAUGAUGACGACCUUCUCGUAAGCACUUCCAGAGUGAGACUUUUCUACGUUUGAGAUGGGGCUUUUUGGAGCUGUUUUAGUUUUCCUCCAUACAGUUCUUGGUGCAGAACCCCCCGACUAUCCAGUGGAAGACAGUCUUGUAGGCGGUGACCCUGGGGACCAGCUCAGCGUGGGUUGUGACCUUUGCCCAUCAGUUAUUUUGCUUUCUCCUCUGACAAGAUCAGACCAAACCCUCAGAGACAGGGCCAUCUGCUCAGCGAUGCACUGGGGAAUAGAGGCUGUCUCUGAACACGGGCAAACGAUGGUCAUGCAGAACCAAUACUGUAAAUUAUGUUAGUCUCAUCCUUUGUACUUCUCUGGAUCCCGGUAUAAUCUCCCAUUUCCACUCACACCAAACUCUCAAUGCGUUUCAUUUUUGGGGGAUUAAGUUAACCUUUUCAUUUUUCUCAUGUUGUAGGUUUUUAUCCUUUCACUGGAUUUCUGUGUAACUGGUCCACGCAUCCUCUUACCCUGAACUUGUAAAAUAGACUGUGAUAUCACCUAAUGUAAUUAAAACUAAUUUCUCAAUUAAAACAUUCCUACCGUCCAAAGAAGGGAAGAAA